AUGUCAUUGUCAGUAAAACGAAAUGUUAAUGACGAUUUUUUUCCAUCAAAACAUAAGACUGUUAAUUUAUCUAAAAUUUCAAUAUUUACAACAUUACCAAAUGAAUUAAUCAUAAUAAUAUUUAAUUAUUUAAAACCAAUUGAUAUUCUUUAUUCUUUUUCAAAUCUCAAUUCUCGUUUUACUUAUUUAAUUCAUAAAUAUAAACAAAAUAUUAAUCUAUGCAAUCUUUUAUCUAAUGAUAAACAACAUUUUCAAGAAAUUCUGAAAUUAAUCAAUAAAGAUAUAAUUUCAUUAAAAAUUGAUCAAUUUAUAUUUGAUAAUAAUAAUAAUCUAUUUCAAGAAUUUCCUUUAUUAAAACAUUUAAUCAUUUCAAAUAUCGAUUCAAAAUUUGCUAAAAAACUUAUUUUAUUAAAUUCUCAGUUUAAAUAUCUCGAAACAUUAGAAUUGAAAACAAAUCGAACUGAUCUUUGGCUAAAUCCAUGGGCUAAUGGACAUGAUUAUGAAAUUCCAGAUGAUUUUCAUUUUCCUGUUUUUGAUAAAGAUUCUUUAAUAGAAGAAUAUUUAAUUCAUAUUCGAUGUUCAUCAUUUACUAAAGAUAUAAUUUCAAAAUUUUCUCCAACAUUUAAUUUAGUAAAAAUAGAAAUUACUUUAACAGAUGAUGAAGAUUUAUUUAUUCUUUUUAAUUAUAUACCAAGUAUAAAAAUAUUUAAAUGUCAAUUAGAUGCUCAUCUAAGAGAAGGAAAAUCAAAUGUUAAAUUAUUAUAUUUAGAAGAAUUUACAUUAAUAAAUACAAAAUUUGAAAGUUAUUUAUUAAUAAUUAAUUCAUUUCUUCAAGAUUGUCAAUCUUUAAAUUUUUUAUCAUUAAAUUUAAGUUUGAAUUGGGAAAAUUUAAAUGGAAAUAUUCUUUAUGAAAUAAUAUUAAAAUAUUUAAUUAAUCUUAAAUCAUUUCAAUUUUGUUUUAAAACUAAUCAACUUAAUGAUCUUAUUUCAAAAUUUCAAACAGAUUCUCAAUUUAAAGAUAACAAUUGCAAGGUUGGCUAUUAUGAAAAUUCUUAUAUCUUUUCUUUACCAUAUCCUUAUUCACAUUUUCAACCAAUUAUUACAGAAAUAUCUUUAAACACAACAAUAUCAAUAUCAUCAGAUUUAUUUCAUAAUGUUCGAUCGAUUAACAUCAAAAUAAAUAGAAAUAAUAAUAAUAAUUUAAUUUCUUUAUUAAAAUUUGUUCAAACUUAUUUUAAGAAAGUAAUUAAUUUACAUAUUGAAAUAAGAGAUGACGUAUGGCCACCAAAUUCGCUUAAUUUAACAAUUGAUACAGAUAAUUUAUGUUUAUCAAAUAUUAGAAGAUUUGCAUUUAUGGGAAAUUGUUAUGAUUUAAAACCAUUAUUAUUGAUAUUUCCAAAUUUACAUGAAUUAGAUAUUAAUCAUUAUAGUGUUUGGGAAAAUUUUAAUGAUUAUUUAUUUAAAAAUAAUGGUGAUAAAGAACUUUUACAAAUGAAAUAUUUACGUACUGUAGGAAUAUAUGAUGAUAAUACAUGGCAAGGUGUUGAAAGAUAUGAAGAUAGAGAAUUUCAAAAUGAGUUUAUUAAACAUUGUCCAAAUAUUAAUCUCUGCUGGACUUGGCCUCUUACUGAUGAUGAUGAUGAGGAAGAGGAGGAGGACGACAACGACGAUGAAGAAUAA